CAUGCAAGAGUUUCAUGCUGGGAUGGUGGCAUGACAGUGGAGGAGGUAUUCUUGUUGAGUUAACCUUAGUUAACAGAACAAGCAAGUUAUCUAAUUGUUAUGAACAUGUGGACAGUUUGACUUCUGGACGUGCGUUAUUGUGUGUCACUUAACGUGUGUCUCCCUCUCUGGCUUAACAAGCUCGUGACAUUAUCUGAAAAAGGAGCACACAGCGACUGUGAGCAUGGCCAGACCUCUGCAGGCCCUCUCCCUCCUCUACAGGCUCGGUGCUCGCUCAGUGAUGCCCUCUGUUUCUAUGACCAGCUGUCGAUUUGCGAGCAAAGCAUUGAACAAGGCACAGAGUCAUGUGCGCAGAGACAAGGUUCCCAACAGAGCCCAGAGAGACAGCGAGGAGAUGUAUGACAUGGAGCUGGAGGAUGUGGAGGACAAACUCCAGGUCUUGUUUGAUGAGCAGAGAAAAAAGCAGAAGACUGUGAAAUAUCACAUACUGAGAAGGCAGAUGACUCCACCAGGAGCUCCACAGAGGAAGCUCACCUGGGAUGCUAUCGAGCAGAUCAAAUAUCUGAAGCAGGAGCAACCAGAGGAGUGGACAGUUGAGCGUCUGGCUGAGGGAUACUCUGUCAGCCCUGAUGUCAUCCGGAGAGUCCUCAAGACCAAGUUUCUCCCCACUCCUGAAAAAAAGUUCAAACAGGACACCAGAGCAUUGUCCGGACUCGGUCAGCAGGUGCUGCCUUCAGGAGCCGCAGCAGGGCAGGACAGGCUGAAACUGUCUGGAAACCGCACAACAGCGCUACUCCAACCUGGAAAUGUUGAAUCUGCCGUGGUGCCUGUGGCUGACAAGACUGUGAUGCUUCGUGGUGAAAGCUCAGGAUUAGUCACUAAGAGUCCUUCCCCCUUUUCUCUUGUGCCCGCCCAGUUCAGAGCUGAUGUUAGUUAUGACAUCCCUGUGACAACAUCAAUAGAAGAGGACAGCAUUUACAACACAAAUCCAACAGAGGAAGAUGAAGAUGACGAGGAAAGCUGGGAUGGACGGCUGUUCACAGAAGAAGAACUUGAAGAGAUUAUGGAAACACUAGAGGCUUGCCCUGUGGUGCAAGAUGGCAAUGACUUCUUUGAUGCAGAGGGAAACUUUCUGUAUCGAAUCUGAUGGCUUCCUGCGUUGGACCGUUUCAUGUACAGUAAUGGAUUACUCAGUGACUUGGUAAACGAUAUAUUAUAACAUUGCUAUUAAAUAAAAAUCAUGUGACAAAAA